AUGCGAAAGCUUACUAUCGUUUUGUUAUUAUUCUCAUUAUGCGGGAUUCUCGUUUGUGAUGAUGGUGACUGUGCGUUAUUUACAAACAAAAUUUAUCAAGUAAAAACUCGCUUUUAUACAUAUGCACCAUUUUAUUUUCUCAUGUUAUUUUUACCUGAUGGAAUUGUUUAUGAAAUCAGUAACAUAGCCAAUGGUUUAAAUGCUGACACACUUGGUCAAAAUUUACAAUUUGCUCCUCAUGUUGGCUUUUAUGAAUGUUUGAAUUCAACAACUGUUCAUUUGACUGAUUUUGGUUAUAUUUUCAAAAGUAAUGAAGUCGAAGUUUUAACUAGUAACGGCCAUUUCGCAUUUCAUGAUUAUUUUUUCAAUUUCGAAAGUGGGACAAAUCAAAAUUGUAUUGGCACACUUCGGUACAAAUUUUACGAAACGGGAACAAAUCCGUUCGAUAUCACAAAUCUUCCAGUAUUCACUAGUGCACCUGGCCAAGUGACAUGCAGUUUAGUGAGCACUGAUGACUGA